CUGCACGUCGCGUGGCCCGUGUUUGCUAGGUUCACCUUACACCUUGCUAAAGUUACGCCGCCAGUGACAAUGUUACCAGGAAGCGCUCUAGACAAACUUUUAUGCAGCUUUAGUCCAUCAGGGGAUCAAUUUGCGAUAGCAGGGGCUGAUGGACGCGUUCGGGUCUUCGAUACUGGCAGUGGACGGCUUGUGGUUUCUCUUGGAGGAGCCACAGAAUCUGGGAAGGCAAAUGGGGGACCUGUUGGAAACGGACACCUAGUGGAGGCGCAUACAUGCAUCACCUGGGUAGUCAUUAAGGAGAAGGGCAAGAAAAAGCAGGCGGUCGGAGUCAGGGGUGUGGCGGUCGGCACAGCCGCCGGUGACGUAAAGCUCUAUGAUGUGCAGCUUGGAGAGCUUAAAUGGAGAGCAGUUGAUGCCGUGCAAGGAGGCGUCAAGUCGCUUGCGUUUUCAGCUGACCAAGGAGUAAUCUUGGCAACGGGGAGCAGCUGUUCAAUUGUUACACUCAGCGCGGACAGCGGCGAGGUAAAGAAGCGAUUCGAGGCGAGCAAGUACCCCAUUACCUGUAUGGCGCUGUCGCCAGAUGGCAAGCACGUGUUCGGCGGUGGGUCGAGUAUGCAGCUGUGGAACGUCGAGCAGCAGGAGCGGGCUGCGAAGUACACCGGCCACCCGACGGAGGUGCGCGCCGUGGCGUUCGUCCCCGGGCAGCGGCACGCCGUGUCCGCAGCCAGCGGAGAGCGCCACGUCGCCAUCUGGGACGUGCCGCCCGCUAAAAAGUCCAAAAAGCAGCACCCAGCCGUCACCACACUCAACCUUGAGGAUCCCGCCGUGCAGCUGGACGCAGCAUCCGUGUCGGAGGGUGAGACCUUCAAUGUAGCGGCGGUUUCGGAGGGCGGCGAGGCGUACGUGUGGCUGUGCCAUCGGGAAACGGCUGCUGGCAUGGACGGCGCGGAUGCGAAGACUGGCCUGGCGUGCCAGCUUGUGAUGCGGCUGCGAGUGGGAGAUGGCGGCAGCAAGGGGGCAAACGCGGGCAGAGACGAGGCGGUGCUCGGGAUACGCUUCCAGCCGGGUCCAGCAGGGCCAUCCUUGCUGGUGGCCCGUGGGUCAUCCGCUAAGCCAGCCUUCGAGACCCUGGCGGUGCCCUCCGAGGCGCCGCCAGCCGCAGCCGACGUCAUCGUCUCCCUGCGGCCCGUCGGCGGCGUGCUGCUACCUGGCGGCAAGGCCGACAACGGCGCGACAGCUACCCUGGACAAAUCCAUCCAGCCACGGCCGCGCCAGGCGCCGACCAGCGGCCCGGGUGUGACUGUUCUGGGCACUGAUAACAUCGGGCAGCCGGUGGUGACACGUACCGCCGCUGAGGCAGCCAGCCGAAAGCGAGGCGCGGAUGACACCGACGCGGGCGCUGCUGCUGCUCCUGCAGCUGCGGCGCAAGAGGAGGAGGAGGUGGUGCCGGACCUGCCCGAGGGGGAUGUGCCGCUCGGGGAACGGGUGGCGGCGCUGGAGUCGCGGACGCAGGGGGCUGCGGCUGAGGAGGCGGGACCCAGCGCCCCAGCGGGUCUGCCGGCGGGGUCGUCGAAAGCGGAUUCGCUGUCGGUGCUGCUGACGCAAGCGAUUCGCAGCAACGACCGCGCGCUGCUCGAGCGCUGCCUGGCCACCAGCAGCCCCUCCCUGGUCGCCAACACGGUGGCGCGCAUCAUGCCCAUGGACGCAGCGCUGUUCCUCAAGGCCGCUGUGGACCGGCUGGUGUCGCGGCCCAGUCGCGCCUCGCAGCUGGUUGCCUGGAUCCGCGCGGUGCUGCACCACCACACCGCCUACCUCAUGAGCGCGCCCGGGGUGCAGCCCUCGCUCACCAGCCUCUUCCAGGCCAUCGACGCGCGCGUGAAGCUGCACGACCCGCUGCUGCGGCUGCACGGGCGACUGGGGCUGGUGCUGCACCACACGCGGGACAAGGGGCAGCUGCCGGCGGAGCAGCAGCGGCCUGCGCCAGAGGUGGUGUUUGAGGACGCUCUGGAUGAGGAGGAGCCGGCUGCUGAGGAUCCCUUUGCGCCCGCCGAGGUGUCGGAGGACGAGGAGGAGGGCAGUGACGUGGAGUUGCUGUCGGAGGAGGAUGACGAGGAGAACGAGUUUGACGCCAUGUUGGCGGACGGACCCGCGGGUCAGGGGGACAGCGAUGAGGAUGAUGAGGACCUGGACGACCUCUUGGACGAUUGAGUGUUAGUACAGAUGCUGAAGGCAACUGGGGUUCAUUGGGGGAGAUGAAGGGGUGUGAGGAGGAGAUGACGUCAGGUUGAGGUGGACUGCUUUUCUCCUUACUGCGGUCACCUGUGGCGAUAUGUGCUCAUCUGGGUUUCAGGACAGAGGACCAGAGGACUAUGAUUUAGCAGGAUGCGUAGGACUUUACUUUCAUUGUUUGCAUGCUUAGAAGCGUAUCUUCCUCUUACCGGUCUAACUAUCGCGCUGAAGCCUUUGUGAAGCAAAACACCCUACAACCCUUGGCAACAAGCACGUGACUUGGCGUGUGCGGGGGGAGCAGGCUGCCGGUCUGCACUUGGUCCGAGGACACCGGGGGUCUCCCAAGCGGCGGUGUGCUUCAUGCUUGUAAUUCUGCUCGCCUAGC